UAUUAAACAACAAAAAUGAAAAUGAAAAUGGUGCCUUCACUGUCUCUGUUCCCUCGAACACUAUCUGUGUUCCCUGGAAACCCUAGAUAUAGUGCUUGUACAAAAUCCAGGGCUCCGUGGUUGCUGAUAAGAGCUUGUUCCACUUCCAAUUCCAAUUACGCAGGAGUUGCACUGGAGGAGAGCGUGAAUUCGACGACGACUAAGGUACGAUUAGAUACAUGGAUUUCCUCGCGCAUCGAUGGCAUUAGUAGAGCUCGCGUUCAAUCCACCAUCAAAUCUGGUCUUGUCACCGUCAAUGGCCGUAUCAUCGAUAAGGUGUCGCACAAGCUUAAAUCUGGCGACAAGGUUAGCUGCACUAUAUCGGAGUUGCAACCACUCAAAGCUCAACCGCAAGAUAUACCUUUGGAUAUUCUUUAUGAAGACGAUCAUCUACUUGUUGUGAACAAACCUCCCCAUAUGGUUGUUCAUCCUGCACCGGGAAACGCUACUGGAACACUUGUGAAUGCCAUAUUACAUCACUGUUGUCUUCCCGUGGCUUCAUUCCCGAUCAUGGAAAUACCCUCUGACGAAGACGAUGUCUCUCAAGGUGAAAUCAGUAGCUACUCUGCCGAUGACACUUAUUUAGAGCCGUCAUUUUCUGGAUUAACUGAGGCAUCUAUACGGCCGGGAAUUGUGCACAGAUUAGAUAAAGGAACCAGCGGACUGCUUGUCGUUGCCAAGGAUGAGCAUUCUCAUGCCCAUUUAUCUGAACAAUUCAAGCAACGAACCGUCCAAAGAGUAUAUAUUAGUUUAACUUGUGGGGUGCCGUUUCCAGCUUUAGGACGUGUUAAUAUUCCGAUUAGUCGUGACUUAAAUAACCGCAUUCGUAUGGCCGCUGUAGUUGGAUCUGGUAAAUGCGGAAAGACACGUCAUGCCGCUAGUAGGUUCAGAGUGAUUGAAAUACUUGCUGGUGGUGGUUGUGCAUUAGUUGAGUGGAGGCUAGAAACUGGGCGUACACAUCAGAUUCGUGCUCAUGCAAAGUACUUGGGAAUUCCUCUUCUGGGUGAUGAGGUAUAUGGAGGGACUAAGAGCCUGGCCCUGGACCGGUUGCAGCAAAAAAACUCGUCUAACUUACCCGGGAAACUUCUGCAACUAAUUUCUAAUUUAGAGAGGCCAUGUCUGCAUGCCUUAACUCUCGGGUUUAUGCAUCCGCACACGAGGAAACAAGUGCACUUUUCUUGCCUGCCACCUGUAGAUUUCGCUGAGGUUCUGAGUGUUCUGCGGUCGGUUAAUACAGAGAAGAUUAUGAACAUGGAGGAGGUUUACAAUUAAGAUAUUAUGGUCGUAGCUGAGCUUGAUUAUUACAUCCAGAGCUUCUUGCAAUCAGAUUGCCAAUUCUCCAUUUCCUAUCUCGAUCAAUGGGAGCAGGUUGAUAGACCACUCGUUCUGUAUUGCUGGAUUAAAAAGAUGAUAUCUCACAGCUUAAAGUGUGGCGCACAGUGGAAGGUGCUAAGACAAAUAUGGCAAGGGUAUAUUACAACCUACAAAGUGUACCUCAAGUUCUCAACACUACAAAUUUUGCUCGUUUUUACUUUCGCGCCCCCGCCCCCCCCCCCCCCCCCCCCCCCCCCCCCCCCCCGAAGUUGUCGAUUUGUAAACAAGUUGUUUAUAUCUAGAGAGUGAGAGGUGGAUUCAACGAGAAAGAUAAGCUUUAUAAUGUUCGUACUCUGCGUAUUCAUCUCAGUGAAGAACCAGAUCAACAAGGCUUCUUCUUCAUA